AUAGACCGCCACGUCCUGACACCUUAUAGGAACCUGUAUUGUGAAUAAACAUUUAAUUCUAUACAAUUCCAGGAUGUUAUAUGGAGACAUUUGAGGGGAUAUUCCUGCACAUGAUUUAUCUUCUUGCUCUCGGAUGAUGAGGUUUCUCCAAUCCAGGAUCCUCUGCUGAUAUCUUCUAUAUAAUAGAAUUCUCCUGGAUGACCCAUCAACCAUGGAGAGAGACAGGAACAAGAUGGCCGACAGGAUCAUAAACCUCACCCUACAGAUACUCUUCCGGCUUACUGGAGAGGAUUACACAGUAGUGAAGAAGUCCUCUAGUGGGCGCUGUCGGGCCCCUGUGUGUGAAGGAUGGGGAAGAACCCUGAGCCCAAUCCCGGGGCCCCCACCUCACUCCCUGAUAUAUGAGGAAAUGGAUGAACAGAAGAUCCGAGAACUCAUCAACAAGAUGAUGGAGCUGCUGACUGGAGAGGUUCCUAUAAGGUGUCAGGACGUGGCGGUCUAUUUCUCCAUGGAGGAGUGGGAGUAUGUAGAAGGACACAAGGAUCAGUACAAGGAUCAGGUCAUGAUGGAGGAUCAGCAGCCCCUCACAUCACUAGGCAUAAAGGAAGAAGAGACAGAUGUGAGCGGUGUUGAGCAGUAUAAGGAGAACAUUCAUACAGGAAAAGAUCUGAUCUAUAUUAAUGCUACAGACAUAAAGGAAGAAGAAGAAGAAGAAGAGACAGAUGUGAGCAGUGAUGAACAGUAUAAGGAGGACAUUCCUACAGAGAACCGCCCAGAUUCUUGUACCAGGAGAUCAGAGGAGAAUCUUAUAUCUUCAGAUUAUAAAGCAGAUGAUGAUAUCACACAAGAUACAUAUGAAGAACAUUCCAUUAUCCCAGAUACACCCUCAGCCCUUCACAGCCAAGAUCUGUCAUCUCAUCCUUAUAUACAGGUCCUGUCUUCUCACUCAUCACAGGAUGUUCAGCAAAAAGAAAGUCAUAGAAGGGGUGUUGGACAACAACGAGCUCAUACAGGAAAGAAACCAUAUUCAUGCUCAGAAUGUGGGAAAUGUUUUACUAAGAAAUCAAAUCUUGUAGUACAUCAGAGAACUCACACAGGAGAGAAGCCAUUUUCAUGUUUAGAAUGUAGAAAGUGUUUUACUGAUAAAUCAAGUCUUCUUAGACAUCAAAGAACUCACACAGGGGAGAAGCCAUUUUCAUGUUUUCAAUGUGGGAAAUGUUUUACUCGGAAAUCAAGUCUUGUUCAACAUACAAGAACUCACACAGGGGAGAAGCUGCUUUCAUGCUCAGAAUGCGGGAAAUGUUUUACUAAGAAAUCACAUCUUGUUCAACAUACAAGAACUCACACAGGGGAGAAGCCAUUUUCAUGUUCAGAAUGUGGAAAAUGUUUUACUGACAAAUCAAGUCUUGUUCAACAUCAAAGAAUUCACACAGGGGAGAAGCCAUUUUCAUGUUCAGAAUGUCGGAAAUGUUUUGCUUCGAAAUCAGAUGUUAAUCGACAUCAAAGAACUCACACAGCGGAGAAACCAUUUUCAUGUUCAGAAUGUGGGAAAUGUUUUCCUGGGAAAACAAAUCUUUUUAAACAUGAAAGAACUCACAGGACGGAGAAGCUAUUUUCAUGUUCAGAAUGUGAGAAAUGUUUUACUAAUAAAUCAGGUCUUGUUGUACAUAAAAAAAACUCACACAGGGGCAAAGCCAUUUUCAUGUUCAGAAUGUGGGAAAUGUUUUACUAAGAAAUCACAUCUUGUUCAACAUCAAAGAACUCACACAUGGGAGAAGCCAUUUUCAUGUUUACAAUGUGGGAAAUGUUUUACUC